UAAAAAAUUGCCCCCUUGUCCCUUUCUAUUGGCAAAAUUUAGCCAAUACCAUCUGCAGUUGGUAGCCCACACGCUGUAUGUGAAACCUGCCAUCUAAAACAGCUGCUGAGCUGGUGUAAACUUGCAGGAGCUGAUCACAGACCGGGUACAGGACCAGGAGGACUCGCAGGGGACAGAGAGAGCAGCGCGCCAGGGGCAGCUGCUGCGCGUUGGAGGAGCGCAAAGACCAGUGCGCCCACAGGAGACUCUACGGAUUUCAGAGGGUGGACCGCAGUGAAGUAACCCAGCCACGGGGCAACAGGCAUCACCACAAUGUUGGUGAGGUGACCAAACCGAGGAGAGACCGGCAUGUCCGAGGGGAAGAGCGCUGAACACUGCAGCUUUGAGGCUUCAUCACUGACGACUCGCGGACCAGAUGGUGCCGUAAAGAUGGCUCGGGCUCUCUCCAUCCUCGCUUACUUUUUCUCUUUGAUUCACUGUAGCAGCAGUGCUGACUCAGAGGAGCGCCUCAUGAACUGGCUGCUGGGAAAAGAUCGCUACAAUCCGCUUAUUCGCCCUGCUGUCAACAGGACGGAGAGAGUAACAGUGAAGCUGCAAGUGUCUCUGGCACAACUCAUCAGUGUGAAUGAAAGAGAACAGAUCAUGACCACGAAUGUUUGGCUCACUCAGCACUGGGAGGAUUACAGGUUAUCAUGGGACCCUGCAAAGUAUGAAGGCAUUGACAAGCUGCGCAUUCCCUCCAGACACAUUUGGCUCCCGGAUAUUGUCCUGUACAACAAUGCUGAUGGAACCUAUGAGGUAACAGUCUUCACCAAUGCCAUUGUCCUUUUUAAUGGCAGCAUCAACUGGCUUCCUCCAGCCAUCUAUAAAAGCGCCUGUAAGAUUGAAGUCAAGCAUUUCCCCUUCGACCAGCAAAACUGCACCCUCAAGUUCCGCUCCUGGACUUACGAUCACACAGAGAUCGACUUGAUCUUGAAGUCUGAGGUUGCCAGUAUGGAUGAUUUUACCCCUAGCGGGGAGUGGGAUAUCUUGGCGCUGCCAGGCAGACGGACUGUCAACCCUCUGGAUCCCACAUAUGUUGACCUCACAUAUGACUUUAUCAUCAAAAGGAAGCCCCUUUUCUACACCAUAAACCUCAUCAUUCCAUGUGUCUUAAUCACUUCUUUGGCCAUUCUGGUCUUCUACUUGCCUUCAGAUUGUGGAGAGAAGAUGACCCUCUGCAUUUCUGUCCUCCUGGCUCUCACUGUGUUUCUGCUUUUAAUCUCAAAGAUUGUUCCUCCCACCUCGCUGGAUGUGCCUCUGAUUGGCAAGUACCUCAUGUUCACCAUGGUGCUGGUGACCUUCUCCAUCAUCACUAGUGUGUGUGUGCUCAACGUGCACCACCGUUCUCCAAGCACCCAUACCAUGCCUUCCUGGGUCAAGCUGAUAUUUCUUGUGAAACUGCCUACUUUGCUCUUUAUGAGACGACCUCACAACAACUCUGCACGCCAAAGACUGCGUCAACAGCGGUGCCUACGGGCCAGGAGAGCCAUUCUGGGUUUGGGUUACCCAGUUCCAACCAAAACAGGUAUCACCAUGUCCUCCUCUGCCCUGCUGUCUUCCGACUCUGCCUUUUCCACUCCAGGACACAAAAAUAUAGCCCCUCCAAUGGGCUAUAGCCACUCCAACAGAAAAGGGGAUGUGCGUUCCACUGAUUAUCUUCCGGCUGGUUUCACUUCCACCCAGGACGUCCAGCAGAGAAACAUCACAGACUGGGCUGCUGAUGUUCAGGAGGCGGUAAACGGAGUUCGCUUUGUGGCUGAGCACAUGAUGGGAGAUGAUGAUGAUCAGAGUGUGAUAGAGGACUGGAAGUACGUGGCCAUGGUUGUUGAUCGUAUGUUCCUGUGGAUCUUUGUGAUAGUGUGUGUGGUGGGCACAUUGGGCUUGUUUCUCCAGCCUGUCUUCCAAAGUCACAUUGUUCCUAAUGAGCAGCCCAGCUCAGAGACCCCUCGCAUAUGAUGAGCAACAAGGAAGACUGAGCAACUUCAGGGUUUUCAUAAGCAACUGUGCUAUUAGGAUAAGCAGAGUUGUAAUGGGAUCCAGGCCGGUUAAAGAUUUGAUGUCUUCUUAAUGUUGUACUGACAAGGAUCAGAAGCACUAACAUGAUGUCCUCGGUGCCAAAUCUUACCAACGUGGCACCAAAGAGGGCAAAAUCAGGCAGAAAAUGCAGAAUUCAUGUAUAUCGUUGGAAUAGAAGGAAAGUUUGUGGAUGAUAGCAAAUUGACAGAAUGUCCAUUAAUAUGAAAGAAAAAAAACACAUGGCCUCCAGCAAUAAACCAUACCAUAGUUUGAGAAAAAAAAAAGAUAAGUCUGCAAAAGGACCUAAUGCAGCAUCAUUCCACUGAGGUAAUUUCUCUGACAUUGUUACGUCUACAAAGGGCAAGUGCAGAACUGGACUGAGUGUACCUUUCAAUGCACUGAAGUAUGCAGAACUGUUACAAAAAUACUAUACCUAAUAUGACAAAGAUAUGUCUGCUGUCAGAUGCUGUUUAACUCCUUAUUUGUGUUACCAUGUUACUGGAAUAUAAUAAAGAAAAAUCUGCGUCCUCUUUUAGUUUGAUUAAAUGUAUCACAUCCCCAAUAAAGUCUUAAAAUUGUCA